CUCUCUGUUGGUGGAGAAGUGUAAUAACAUAUUCAAUGGGAAAGGGUGCAGCGUUUAAGGAAGGAAAGCAGACUUGCAAACACUUAAAAGCAGACAGAAAUGGCAGACGAUGAGAAAUUACCGUCCGGAUGGGAAAAGCGAAUGAGUCGCAGUUCAAACAGGGUAUACUACUUCAACCACAUAACCAAUGCCAGUCAGUGGGAACGGCCGGUUGGCUCCGGUGACGGUCGAGGCGACCCCGACAAAGUGCGCUGCUCUCACCUGCUGGUGAAGCACAACCAGUCGAGACGGCCGGCGUCAUGGCGAGAGGAGAACAUCACCCGGAGCAAGGAAGAAGCAUUGGAGUUCAUUCAGAAAUACAUAGAGAAGAUCAAGUCAGGCGAGGAGAAGUUUGAGACUCUGGCCUCUCAGUUCAGUGACUGCAGCUCUGCCCGAAAUGGAGGAGACCUAGGCUUGUUUGGCCGAGGUCAGAUGCAGAAGCCAUUCGAGGAUGCUUCGUUCGCUCUUAAAGUGGGAGACAUGAGUGGUCCUGUGUUCACUGACUCCGGUGUUCACAUCAUCCUGCGGACUGGUUGAGGCUCUCCUGGGGGGCUGGGAAGGGGGGGAAUGCCCCCCGCCCCCCUACCCCAGCUGUUGGUGCAAUCCAACUCCUAUAACCUCUACACGAAAGGACUGUACAUUAUACAUCAACACACACACACACACACACACACACUUACAUUUAUGAAUGCACUGCAUUUCCCCCCCCCCCCCCCCCCGACAAAAAAGAAAGUGUCCAUUCGUCAUGACCGUUUCCAAUGGGAGAACAGGCUUUGUGUCCCUUGCAUCUUUCUUCUUGCCUUAUGAGUCCCAAAGCUCUCAUCUCAUCAAAUCAAAUGAAAUCCAAACCCUUCCUUUCCAGUUCAGCCUCUCCGGCCGUAGGGACCCCAUGGCACCAACUCGCUUCCCACCACCGCCAUUCUGCCUGCCUGGUGACCUCAAAUCAUUCCCAAACAAUGAGCAAUAGUGACGUCAUCAAAAAUCGGCCUCUCUCCACUUCGGUCCCAGUUGGCUGUAGUGACAUCAUCAAAAAGCGUUCUCUCUACACUCCCAGUCCCAGUUGGCUGCCUGACCGCGGACUCUGGUUUAAACCCGGGUCUGAUUGGCCAGAGUCUGUAAUGAUCUGUGCCAGCGCUGGUCCUGAUUUGGCAAACGUCUGGGCCACCGGCCACCCGGGACCGGGUCCUCCCCUCCUGUGUUGAGAAAGUGAUGUUAAAUAAUGAGGAUAAUAAAGUUGACUCGUCAUGUGACCAAAAA